AUGCUAGCUAAGAAGGAAAAGUCACAUAGAGAAUGGUGUAAAGUGGUAGGUCAUGUUAAUUGGUAUCUCACUCGAGAUGAAACCCAAGUGAAGGAUAUAGUUCUCACGCUCAACUACGACAACUUGCCAAGCAGACUAAAACCAUGUUUUCUUUAUCUUGGGUUAUUUCCUAAAGACUUUGAAAUACCUGUUACUCCAUUAUUGCAAAAAUGGGUUGCAGAGGGUUUCAUACAAGAUACAGGAAAUAGAGACCCAGAUGAUGUUGCGAAAGACUACUUCUACGAGCUCAUCGAUCGCAGUUUGGUUCAGGUUACAAAGGUGAAGUUUAUUGGAGAUUUGAGGAAGUGUCAGGUUCAUGAUCUUCUUCGAGAUCUUUGCAUUUCAGAGACCAAAGAGGAGAAAGUGUUUGACGUUUGCACAGACAAUAACAUUCUAAUUCCUACUAAACCUCGCAGCCUGUCUAUUCACGGUGACAUGGGUCAUUACAUUUCUUCAAGCAACAAUGACCAUUCAUGUAUGCGUUCCCUGUUUUUCUUUGGACCAGAGUAUUAUGUUCAAAGGAGAGGAUGGAAAUGGCUUUUGGAUGACUUUAAAUUGGUUCGAGUGUUAGAGUUUGGACAUAAUAGAUGCCUAGAGAUUCCUUCCAAUUUAGGGAACUUCAUCCACUUAAGGUACUUGAGAAUAAACUCAACCCUUGCUACAUUUGUUCCAAAUUCAAUACUUGGCCUUUGGAAUCUACAAACCAUAGACUUGGGUAUUUUAGAGUAUGACAGUCCAAUUUCUUUUCCUAUUCAAAUGUGGAAACUCAAACAUUUAAGGCAUUUGAAUACAUCAAGGCCUAUCAAGUUGCGAGGAAGAUAUUCAGAAUCAAAUGAGAAGAUGUGGAAUCUUCAAACCAUCUCUCCCCUUAUACUCAACACAGAAGCAACAUCUCUAAUAAAGAAAGGAACAUUUCCCAAUAUUAAGAGGAUGGGGUUGUACUUGGAGACUGACGGUUAUGAAGGUGAAUUACCCAAUUUAUUUCAAAACUUACAACAAUUAAAGCAUUUGAAUACAUUGAUGAUUUAUAAUGUCUUAAACCUUCUAACCUUUGAGGUCAUAUUUCCCCCAAGCAUUACAGAGUUAUGGUUGUCAAGGAUUAAGUGCAUUACUGAUGAGGGGAUGAAUGGUUUGAAAAAUCACUCUAAAAUCAAAAUUUUGAGACUUUUGGGUGUUGAGUGGUCUGAGAAUUCCAUUGACCUCAAUUGUGUGGAUGGCAGUUUCCCACAGCUGGAAGUGUUGGAAAUGAAACAUUUGUCACUUCGAAAGUUUAAAUUAGGUAAUGGUGCAAUGCAGAGACUUCAAAAUGUGAUUAUCCAGGAUUGUCAAUAUUUAUAUCAUCUCCUAGUUGAGUUUCAAUCUUUAAAUGGAUUGAGGAAAAUAGAAAUCACAGAAACUCCUUUAGAACAACUAGAUUACUUCUUACAAAUUUUAGAAAGAUAUCAUGGAGUUCAAGUCGUUAGAGGGUAUUAUCCUAAGAUGUCAGUGAUUGGAUUUUAA